GGCUCAAGGAGACACUGAGCAAACAGCUUUUCAGAGAGCUUCAACUCAGCUGUCAGAAGGGGCAGUUUGGUUCCUGUGCAGGCAAUACUCGCAUUCCAAACUGCAUUACAGAAAAGCCGGUGGGUUUGUAUGCAUUUUUAUUAUCAGUUCCAGAUUAGGAAUUCGAUGCUAAUUUCUUCUUAAAGCCUGUGUUUGCAGUAGAAUUUAUAUUCUAAAACAAGCAAAGGAUUGUGAUGUUUUUUUCUCACUAGCUCGCUCUUUUAUUUUUUUUCCCCCAUCUGGCUUUAGUCCAAGGACCUUUUUCGCUUGUUCAUUACAUUCUCAAGAUGAAGCACCCGUUGGUUACAGCAGUGCUGGUAGUACUGGUGCAGAUUGCUCAGAGUUUCCCUGCCUUGUACCACCGAGGUUGGUGGAAGCUGUUAAGGGAAGGAGAUAGCUGUGGAAAAUGCAAUUUGGCACUUUGCUCUGAGCCUAAAGACUGUCCAGCCGGGACUGUAUUGGACCGCUGUGGCUGCUGUCUGGAAUGUGGAAACGUGGAAGGUCAGAUCUGCGACUUGGACCAGGGCAAUCAUUUUUACGGGCAAUGUGGGGACCACCUUGAGUGCAGGCUGGAUGCUGAUGAAGCAAGGUUUGGGGAAGUCCCUGAACCCCAGUGUGUGUGCAAGUCUCAAGAGAGCAUCUGUGGACCUGAAGGGAAAACCUACGAGAACAUCUGUCAGUUCAACAAGGCUUACGCUACAAAAAGAAAUAUCAGCAUGAAACAUAAAGGACCAUGUGAAUCAGCUCCUGUCAUUUCUGUGCCACCUCAGGAUGUCCAGAAUUUCACAGGCAAUGACGUCAUUUUUGGCUGUGAAGUGUCAGCCUAUCCUAUGCCACACCUCGAAUGGAAAAAAAAGGGGAAUAAAAUGUUUCUGCCAGGCGAUGAUGCACACAUCUCAGUACAGGCAAGAGGUGGGCCUCAGAAGUAUGGUGUGACAGGCUGGCUGCAGAUUCAAGGCCUCAAAAAAUCAGAUGAAGGCGUUUACAUCUGCCACACCAAAAAUAAGCAUGGUGCGACAUACGCCUCUGCAAGACUGAAAGUCAUUGAUGGCUCGUCUACUGCAUUUGCAUUUACAGCUGGCAGUAGAAGUGCAAGCUACAGCAUUGAAUAUGGGGACUAUUAUGACCAUUCUGAUGAUGAAGACGAGGAAGAAUAUGAAUCUGGGGACUACGAAAAUUGAAACAGCUCUGCAUAAUAAUUUUUAUACUUCUGUUGUCCAAUACCUUUCUUACUGUUACAUUUACUAGUAGUCUCCAUGCUGUAAAUGGAUCCACUGAUAACACACAUACUCACUUGUGUAUACACCUUCCUGAAAUACAGCUUUGGCUGAAGGGUAUCAUGCUACUUAUCAGAAAUAAGAGCAGUUGUAAAUUCAGACAUUUAGACUGUUAAAUAAAAUUCUUA